UCGAAUGCAUUGCGAUUCAUCUGAUGAGGAUGAUAGUAAAUUUGGCAUAGGGAAGAAAUUUUUCAUUUAAUUAUUAGAGAAGGAAAGAAAAGUAAAGUGCAUUCUUUAAUUCAGUUUAUCACAAAGAUUGAAUCAAUGUAACAAAUUUUGGAUUUACUCAAUAUGUAUGCCAUGUGUGUUGAAUUCUUCGAUACGGUAGGAAAUCCUGCCAAGUAUUACUUUAUGGAAAAGAUUUCGAAUACAAUUGCAGAGAAGGAGGCAUUUGAAAUAAUGUUAAAGGAUGAAAUGUUGGCGAGGGAGAAAAGAGAGAAGCAGAUGUAAAUCAAACCAAUCAUUAAGGAAGGAUUAGUGAAAUAUGAUCCUCUCAAACGCCCAGAAAAACCACCUAAACCAAAGUUUCAGACCCCUGUCAAGGAAGAGGAACAAUAACAAAUACAGGAGAUUAACAUAGAAAACAAGAAGAUAUCGCAUAAAGUAAUUAGGGAAGUUCGUUCGAAGAAGUUGACAAUGACAGAGAAGAUAUACUAAUCAUAAAAUGAAUAAAAAUUCUAAGUUGAUUUGAUUAAGCAUUGGGAUGAUGAAGUAGAAAGGAAAGGUAUUAUACUUGAAUAAUAUGUUCGUAGACAACAUCAUUAGACAAUCUUUGCAAUAAUAGGGAGAUACCAUUCAAGACAGAGUGACUGAAAGGUUAAAUAGAUUGCGUAAAUAACUACCUAGCAAUAUCACAAGUGAGAUGUGUUUAGAAAAAUAUGAUACAUGA